GAAGGUUUUAUGCUUUUAUUUAUUUUACAACAAACAAGCAAUGAUAAAUCGUGUAAAAAAAAAUCUAAUUAAAUCUGGAAUGUUUUAAUGAAAUUAAUAAUAAUGAUGCUUUAAAUUGGCAGUGCAAUCCCAUUAACCAGUUUUAUAGACUUUACGAAUAGUAAGGCAAGAGACUUUUCUUAUUAUUGCACGCAGACUUUGCUUAUUGUAAUACAAUCUGCAUAUUGUCAUUAAAGGCUGAGUUCAGUUUACAGCAACAUAUCUAUAGACACAAAUACAUAAAGUUACAGGGUUUAUAUAAACACACACACUUUUUCUUGUUUGAGUUGGGAUAUCCCUGUUUUGAAGCAAGAGACCUACUUGUAGUAGAGUGUCAUGUCUUUAGCACUUCCCCCAGUCUUACGUCACAGCUGAUAAAUCUAUUAAACUGGUCAAACAGAAUUCAGUUCCACACACUCACUUAUUAUCAGCACUGAACAGUGAACCCAAACUUUACAAGAAAUGUCUCUAGUCAAGCAGAAUCUUCACCCAAAUAAUGAGGCAAACAUCAACAAACUGAUCAACCUCAAACUGACGGCCUCAUAUGUGUAUCUUUCCCUGGGAAUGUAUUUUGACAGGGACGAUGUGGCUCUGCCCAACUUCUCGAAGUUUUUUCUGGAGCGUUCACUGAAGGAGAGAGAUCAGGCGGAGCACCUGCUGGAGUAUCAAAACACAAGAGGAGGACGAAUCCUUCUCCAGACCAUCUCGAAGCCCAGUCGUGAUGAUUGGAAAGGAGGUAUGGACGCUAUUGUUUUUUCUCUGGAUCAUCAGAAAUCUCUCAACCAAUCCCUGCUGGAGAUCCAUCGAGCAGCUGGAGAAAACUCUGACCCUCAUCUGUGUGAUUUCUUGGAGAGCAACUUCUUUACUGACAGUCAUGACACUAUUAAGACCCUGGGUGACUAUGUUGGCAGUCUGAGUCGCCUCAUCUCUUCUGACCCACAUGGCAAAAUGGGAGAGUACCUGUUUGACAAGCACACUCUCUGAUCCACUCAAAUCUGAUGAGUUUGGCUGCCGCCAUUCCAUGUUAAACAGUACAUGCACAAGUGAAUUAGUUUAAGGAAUUCUAAAUCUGCAAAACUUUUCAUUUCAGUAUUCAAGAGGCAUUUCUGUAAGAAUCACCGAGUGUUUUUGACGCCAACCUUUGCUGUACUUUUAAUCAAUGCAUAAUUGGGACUAUACUGUGAAUUGUGCUAGUCCAAAGAUGGUACUUUGGUUUUCAAGCCUUAACUAUCCCAUAUGUUUACAAAAUUGUAUAGAUGCUAGUGUAAAACUAUAUCUUAUCAAAAACCAGCUUAUAGUGUCCUGUACGUCCUUCAGGAGAGGUUUCGUACAGCCCACCACUGAAAAGGAGUGAUUAUGUUUACAUGCUGUAGAACUCAAAAACCUCAAAACAUACCUCAAACAUGAUGCUCAAUGUCAGUAUAACAAUGAUAAUAAACCAAGCAUUCCAAAAAAGA